GGCAUUGAACAAAUCAACGGAAGCAAAUUCGUCGGGCAACUUAACAUCUCUUGUUACACAUAAGUUCAAGCAAGCAUUGUUGCUAGUCGAGUUAUUUAUACACUACAGUAGCAGAGUUUGUUAAGCAAGAUGAGCGAACCCAAGAAAAGGAAGAAAAAAUCAAAAGAGGAAAUUGCUAAGGAGUUUGAUCUACCCGAAAGAAAAAGUAAAAUUGCCACCAUUUACAAGCAGGAUGGGCAGUCUUAUUGUCUUUGUCGCUCAUCCGAUUCAUCGCGCUUCAUGAUCUGCUGUGAUGCAUGUGAAGAAUGGUAUCAUGGGGAUUGCAUCAAUGUUUCGGAAAAAGAAGCAAAGCACAUCAAACAUUACUAUUGCCAGCGAUGCAAAGAGGACGAUCCAUCGUUGCAGACUGUUUUUCGAUUAGUUCCGGUACCUGGUCCAGCGUCGAAUCCAGAAGAAAAGAAAAUAUCGAAAAAGAAAAAAGAUAAAUUGUUGGGCGGGUCUUCGGAUAAGCGCUGUGGUCAAUGCGACGGCUGUUUAGCCGAAAACUGUGGAAAUUGCGACGCCUGUCUGGGGCAUACAAAAAAUGGGCGAAAGCAACGAUGCGAAGCUCGAAUUUGCAGUAACUCUAGCACGCGUAAAAAAGAUCGCGCUGUCUUAAAAGCUGCUGCUAGAAACAAGAAAAGAAAGCGCUCGUUAACGCCAGAAGUUGCGCUCAAUCCUGCUCUUGAAGGCGAUCGUCAAUGCUAUGGUCCCAGUUGUAUUAUGACUUCACGACCCCAGUCUAAAUACUGUUCGGAUGAGUGCGGAAUGAAGUUGGCGACAAGUAGAAUUUAUCAAGUUUUGCCGCAGCGCAUACAAGAGUGGUCGUUGAGUCCUGCGAUCGGUGAAGAGCAAAACAAGAAAGCCCUCGAAACAAUUCGUAUGAAACAAGCGAUUGUACGAGCUACACUGGCUGAACUAGAUAAACGGCACGCGGAGUUGGAUCUGCUAGUCGAACGCGCAAAGCGAUGCACUUUGGAUCCGAAUGCGCUGGAAAACACUGAUGGCGAAGAUGAAAUGUCUAUGUACUGCAUCACGUGUGGUCAUGAGAUUCACUCUAAAACUGCGAUUCGACACAUGGAAAAAUGCUUCAACAAAUACGAAAGCCAAGCAAGUUUUGGUAGCAUUUUCAAAACUCGCAUUGAUGGCAACUCAAUGUUCUGCGAUUUCUACAACCCAGCCAGCAAAACCUACUGCAAACGGCUCCGAGUACUUUGUCCCGAGCAUUGUAAAGACCCGAAAGUUAGCGAUACAGAUGUUUGCGGUUGCCCACUGAUAAAGAAUGUGUUUCAACUAACGGGGGAAUUUUGUCGAGCACCGAAAAAGUCUUGCUUCAAACAUUAUGUAUGGGAGAAAAUAAGACGUGCCGAAAUAGAUUUAGAGCGAGUGCGGCAGUGGCUGAAAAUGGACGAAUUGGUAGAGCAGGAGCGACAAAUACGACAGGCCAUGGCCUCGCGGGCAGGCGUUCUUGGUUUAAUGUUGCAUUCCACGUACAAUCAUGAUAUCAUGGAAAAAUUGUGUGCUGGUAAAUUUUGAAUUCGUUUGAUGGCGCGCAUCAGAGAGGCUACAAAUUCUUCUUUAGAACGACUAUCUCAGCAGUAUGGCGCAUUUUUAACUACAUAAGUGGAUGAAUUGAA